UCUCAACAAUGGGUAGGCCUACAUGUAUAUAUUAGUAAUAGUGUGGGAUUAGUAAUCUCAACAAUGGGUAGGCCUACAUGUAUAAAUUAGUAAUGGUGUGGGAUUGGGAAUAUCAACAAUGGGUAGGCCUACAUGUAUAUAUUAGUAAUGGUGUGGGAUUGGGAAUCUCAACAAUGGCCAUACUCGCGGCGUAUAAAUCUCUGUGCUGUCAUGGAAGGAACAUUCUUCCUUCCUGUCUGCUACUCCUGGCGAUAGCAGAGUAUCCCGUAACCAGACUUCUAAUAACUACAGGGGGGAGAGUCAAUCAAUUCUGUCUGAUAUUUGAAGUGAACACAUCUUUUCCGCUGCCAGUUUUGCCUCUCGGUCAAGUGGAGUACAACACCAUGACCGCUAUUCAGAUAAAGGUCCCAGUAGGAGCACCCCGACAGAGGAAGGCCCGGCCUUUCUUCCUGGAGGUGUUGCCCCGCAGCCUGAUCAUCCUCUGCACGGCCCUGGCCAUUGUCCUCUCCUCCAUAGCUGUGUGCGAUGGACACCGGUUGCUGGCGGGCCUGGAGGCAGUGGUGGAACGAACAGCCUCACCUAACUGCACCACCCACCUAGGUGUAUCUGGGGUGGCGGUCGGCCUGGGCCUGGGUCACUCUAUGGUCUUCCUGGCUGUGGCGGGAGCUAUCUUUGGCCUGGAGUUGCUGGUCAUAUCGCAGGUGAGUGAGGACCGGGACUCGGGCUGGCGGUGGGGCCUGGGGUCAGCUCUGGUGCUUGUGACGGUGGCGCUGUCGGCAGGGGGAGUGGUGGUGUUGGUGUCUCUGCUCCGGCAGCAGGCCUCUCCUUUGGGCUUCACACUUACCUUCUGGUGCCAGUUUACCGCAGUCUUCCUGCUCUUCCUCAACGGCAUGGCAGCGCCACAUCCAUCACAUGGCCCUGCAGGCACCACCUAGAGGCCGCCUGGGGAAAUGCUAGAGGUGAAAGAGCACAAGGAGUCCAGCAGUGUCCAGCUACAGCAGUACGGCAGAAGGCAUUUUCAUAUUCCAAACACGCAGACGUCCCAGGAACAGUGAUUUCCUGUUGGGAUUAGGUUUAGGGUUACGCCCAGGGUUGAGGACUGUGGAGUAUAGUGGACAUCAGGACAUCUCUGCAUCCAUGGGUGUCACAGUGCCUGAGAUGUAACAGGGUCUAUUGGAAUGAAUCAGCUGUGUGUAUGAAUCCCUCAAGGCCUUGUGCAUGUGCAGCUUGUUAAUAGCACAUACUGGGAACAGUAAACAACGACGUCUGCCUGUCUAUAUGCAGUCAAAUCAUCUUCAUUGUUUUGUGGAAAUACAGCUCUGG